CUUAUCCGAACGCUGAAGUGCUGAACGCUUAUGGCCUUUGCGAAGAACGAAGAAGCGGAAGAUUGGGAAGAACGAAGACGAACUCACGAGCCUGGACCCUGCGAGGAAGACGCGACAAACAGGAAUAGUAGAACCGCAGACCGCAAGCUGCGUCGCCGUCCCCGUCCACUCCGGCUCUCCGCUCUCCGCCCCCCGAACCCGGUUCUGCCUGGCCGAUUGGGCUCUGUCUCCAGCUCCGCUGCUCCAGCCUCCAAUGGUAUGUAAAACUUGAACUUCAUAGUUUUAAGCAGAAUGCUCCUCGGGAUUUAGCUCUCUUAUGAUGAAGGCCAUAUCAUUUCCAUGCAAGGCAUCAUUUUCCCAUGUUUCAAACUUGAGUGGGCAAACCCAGAAUAAAACAAAUGGAUUGAAUUUGGAGCUCUCAAUUACCCAACCUGAUGAUUGGCAUCUUCAUCUCCGUGAUGCUCAUCUUCUCAAAGCAGUAGUCUCUCACAGUGCAUUAAACUUUGGAAGGGCAGUCAUCAUGCCGAAUUUGAAACCUCCAAUCACCACUACUGCUGCAGCUGUCGCAUAUCGGAAUUCCAUCAUGAAAGCACUGGCUCCUAAUUCUCAUUUCAUGCCGCUGAUGACACUGUAUUUGACAGAUACAACAAGUCCUCUUGAAAUCAAACAAGCCCGGCAGAGUGGGGUUGUAUAUGCUGUAAAGCUUUAUCCCGCUGGUGCUACAACAAAUUCUCAGGACGGCGUUACUGAUCUUUUUGGAAAAUGCAUGCCAGUUCUUGAGGAAAUGGUUGAGCAAGAUAUGCCUCUCCUGGUCCAUGGAGAGGUAACGAGCCCUGAGGUCGAUGUAUUUGAUCGAGAAAAGGUAUUUAUUGAAGCAGUUUUAGGGCCUUUGGUGCAAAGGCUUCCACAGUUGAAGAUUGUGAUGGAGCACAUCACCACAUUGGAUGCUGUGAAUUUUGUAGAAUCUUGUCGAGAAGGAUAUGUUGCAGCUACCAUCACUCCACAACAUCUUGUUCUGAAUAGGAAUUCUUUGUUUCAAGGCGGGUUGCAGCCACACAAUUACUGCCUUCCUGUACUUAAAAGAGAGAUCCACAGACAAGCUAUUGUGUCAGCUGUGACAAGUGGCAGUAGAAAAUUUUUUGUUGGGACUGAUAGCGCUCCACAUGAUAGACGGAAGAAAGAAUCUCAAUGUGGUUGUGCUGGUAUUUACAAUGCUCCUGUAGCCUUAUCUGUGUAUACAAAGGUUUUUGAGGAGGCUGGUGCGCUUGACAAGCUAGAAGCAUUUACUAGCUUUAAUGGACCUGAUUUUUAUGGGCUCCCUAGAAACUCAAGAAAGAUUAAACUGACUAAAGCCCCGUGGAAGGUACCGGAGUCGUAUUCUUACGCUUUAGGGGAUGUUGUUCCCAUGUUUGCUGGCGAAACAUUGGAGUGGCAAGUACUGUCCAUAUGAUGUUGUUGUAGUAACACAUCAUAAAUAAAAUACACAUUCCUGUACUGGACAGAUGAAAUGAAUUUUGGUUUAAAACGCACACCAAUGUUUUGUUAUUGUUGUUGCCUUUGGUUAACGAGAAUACGAUGCUUUACAUCACUGUUCCUUUUGGGAUAUUUUCUGACGUAAAUGUGUUUGAAUGCGAAAGGGGGCAAAUAAGCUCCCAACUUUUUAUGAUUCUGCAA